AUGAUGAAGGCAUCCCUUCCAGUUCCUGACAGCGACAGCAGUGUUGGUCCUGUUCCUGAUACCAGUACCGCCUUUACAGAUAUGAACACAGCAGAAAAUCAGGAAGAGUGCGAUCUAGCUGCACCCGAUACCACAUCACAAGAAGUAGACCUGGUGGCUCGAGAAUCGAAUGUCCAAAGAGACAAGACCUUUCAGGAAGCAGGUCUUUCCUUGGAGCGUUUCCCUCAGUCUUCUGAUGAGGCAGCUUUGGUUGAUAGGCUAUUGGCCGACGAAAUUGAGAAGCUGUCAUUAGAAGAGAAGGAGCUAAACACUUUUGAUUUAUUUGGAAUGGCCCAAGAAACCAAGGACCCCGAGAACAUGGAUGAGCUACUAAAGGAAUUGGAGCUGGAAAUUCGAAAGAUUCCUCGCCGGAAGGCCUAUGAAAAAGCCAAGUAUUUGAAUGAAGAGUAUGUGAUGGACAGGGAUUUCCGGCUUAAGUUUCUUCGCUCUGACGACUUUGAUGUCCAGUCUUCGGCACAACGAAUUGUGCAACAUUUUGAGGUCAAAUUGGAGCUGUUUGGUGAUGGCCCUGCCUUGGCCAGAAAUGUGCUCAUGAGCGAUCUUAGCGAAGAUGACAUGAAGGCUCUCAAAACAGGAGCCUGGCAGCUCUUGCCUGAGCGUGACGCUGCUGGCCGUCUGGUCCUGGUGAUAUGCCCUGGCUUUAGGGACAGCUCUAUAGCAAUGGAUUCUCAGCUACGCUCCACAGUGUAUUUGGGAUGGACCUUUCUCUUAACUGAGGAUGUACAAAGGAAGGGUGGCAUAGUAGUGGUAGUCUGCCUUAUUGGAGAAUCAGUGCUCAGUCUACAAAAUCAAAUCUUUAACCAACUUUCACGAAUGAAAAAAAUCAGGUCAGGUGUGCCCCGCAAGGUAGCUGGCAUCCAUUUCUUGUUCAGCCAAGAAUAUCUUCGUCCUUUGGUUUUUGGCUUUCAAUGGUUAAUCCAGGAGCACUUGAGAGCUAAAAUGCGUGUCCAUUUUGGGGACUUUGAACAGCUCAAAUUCAAAUUGCAGACCUUUGGAAUCCCAAUGGAUUGCUUUCCAUUCCAUCCCAACAAACCCGCCAAUCGUGAGAAUCAUCUUCAAUGGAUUCAGAGCCAACGCACACUGGAAGAAAAAGGCAACAUUAUUACAGCUGAUACCAUCAUCCCCCGUCGAUUUGAUGUCCUCUUUGGGCGAGGACGCCAUACUAGGAAUCACACAGGCAACGCGAGAGCUGCACACAUUUCUGAAAUGUUUCGAGACAAAUAUGAGGCUGCUGGGAAGUUUGAAAAGACAGCAAUUGCUGAACGCAUUGUAACAAUGAUUCGAGAAUCGCAGGGCCGGUUUUUGAAAUGGGAAGAUGAUGCAUGGGUUGCAGUGGACCAACAAGCUGCAAGGAACAAGAUUUCCCACUUUUAUAGAAACACACGCAACAAAGGGCCCCCUCCCAAAAGCAAGGAAUCCCCUUCUGAUGGGUCUAGCUCAGAGGGUGAGUCGCUGGCUUCAGCUGUGUCCAAGCGAACACAAUCAGAUUCAAUACAACAAUCGACAGAGCGAAUUCAGAAACGGAAACAACGGGAUACCUAG